AUGGCGACAUUGCCGUCUACUUUCACCGUGACGCAGUUCUGGGUCUUUGAUGAUGUGCCCGGGGUGGUUGAGACCAAAGUGGGCUACACGGGGGGCACCAACCCCAGUCCCAGCUACGGAUCUGUGUGCCGAGGAGACGGCCACACGGAAGCUGUGCGUGUGGAGUACGACCCCAAAGAGGUGAGCUACCAGGAGCUCUUGGAGAAGUACUGGGACCAGUACGUGGGCCCGGCCGCGAAGUGCCAGUACCGCUCCGCCAUUUGGGUGAGCGACGGCGAGCAGAAACGCCUGGCGGAGGAGUCGGUGCGGCAGGCAGACGCCUCGGGUCGCUACGAGCCCUUGCCGGUGAGGGUCCCGGUGGAGCCCAUGAAGAGUUGGCACGACGCGG